CAGGUUAGACAGAGGAAAAUUUAUACAGACACAACAAUACUAACUUAGACGAAAAAGAACAAACUGAAAUGGCUUCUCCACAAGAAGCCAUUUUGUCCAUGGCUGACUGGGAAAGAAUCCAGUCUUCAUUAAACCAGCCCGAGGCCAAAGUGUACACCUGGCAGCAAGUGGUAGAUAUCAAUGCUCUGCAUCAGUUUUCGAGAGCGGAGAAUAAACUCAUGAAAGCCCGAUGCGAAAAUAUGCAGGCAAGGAAAAAACUUGAGGAGCAGGCAAAGGAGGAAUAUUUGAAUAAGCUUGCUGCGGAGGAGGCUAGAUUUAAAAAACAGGAGUGGCAGCAAGCAGUUGAUGAGGCCAAUAUGAAGAGAUUUCUCCAGAAUGGCUGCACCAGUAAAUUCAACCGUGCUCUCUUUACAACACACGUGCAGAAGGAAAAUGAAGCAAUGUUGGAGUUUAAACGGGAAAAAAAGAGAAUUACUGAAGAACAAAAUAGACUGUUUGAAGACGAGAUGAGUUAUGUACAGAACAAAACUCUGAGAGAAGAGCAGGAGAAAGUUUGUCUGAGACAGCUUUGUAAGCAGACCACGGCAGACCAUAACACUGAGCAAAUUAAGAAGAACAAACAGCUGAGAGAGGAAGAGAGACAGCAGGAGAAGGAAGAGAGAGAAAGACUCCGGGACCUUCAUGAAUUGCAUGCACAGGAGCUAAGACAUAAGGCAGAAAAAAAAGCGGAAUCAAAAAAAAACUAUUUGAAAUGUCAACUGGAGGAUAUCGCCAGUAGAGAUCUCCACAGACAUAGGGAGGCACAGAAACUGAACGAGGAGGAGAAAGAAAGAAAAUGUGUUCAGUUGGACAGAGAAAGAAAGCUGCGGCAAAUAAAAAAAUAUCAAGCAGAAAAGUUCAAGAAGUUCCAGAUACCAAAAGAAAUUGUGGCAGAAAAAUUGGCAGUCAGAAUGAAGAAAGAGGCUGCCUCCAAAACUCUGAGGCAGGAGGUCAAAUUGUCUAAGGAAGUGGCUGAACAAGAUGCUAAAGAGACAAAGCAGCAGAAGGACAAGGAGGAGAAGAGGGCUGCGAUGCUCGAGGCUAUUUCGGCUCACAGAAAGACAAAAAUGCAGGAGAAAGAGCAGAUGGAGAAGGCAGAGCAACAGAGCAACCUGGGCUGGGUUCUGAAACAAUCUGACAAGUUGUUUCUUGAAGAACAACAACUAAAGGCUAACCGGAUCCGUGAAAAUAACAUCAAGUGUCGAGUCUCCAAUGUCACCCUGAUGGCUGAAAAUCAUGCCCGUCUUGAAAAGCUGAAAAAGGAGGAACAUGAUGCUGCAGAGAAGAAUGCCAAGCAGAUUGCAGCAAGGGAGAAACAACUCCAGCAGUAUGUUCAGCGUGAACUUGACAAGGCUGCAGAAGGUCAACUAAAUGUUUCACAUCUUUUAGCUACAAGUACAGGUGGGCAUGGUUUCAUGUUUGAUGGGGAGGAGCACGACUACUAUUGUGCAAGCACUGAUGAAAAACUGCCCAGAUUUUCCAAUGACCAGACCCGUUUCAUAAAACAGUAUCUGGAACGCAAUAGCCUGCAGCUCAGCAUGGUUGAUAUGGAGCCCACCAGUCUGCCACCACUUUCGAGGGCAGCCAAGCUAAAGUCUAAAGAUGCUUUAGCUGCAAAGGAAGUAGUUGCAGGACGGCGUUGCCCCCCUGCAGGGAUGGAGGGGUCCCACUACUGUUCUAGAGGCACAGGGGAAUCUUUGCUCAGAUUUGGCACUGCUCAAACCCGGUCCAUUAAACAGUAUUUGGAACGCAAUAAGCUGCAACUGAUCUUCGAGGAAACCAGUGAGGUUGAUUUGAAGCCGACCUGCCUUCCAUCCAUUUCCAAUAAAGACAAAUUAAUAUCUAAAGACACUUUCGCUUCAAGGGAAGCAACUGCAGGACGGCGUUGCCCCCCUGCUGGGGUGGAGGGAUCCCACUACCGUGCUAAAGGCACAGGGGAAUCUUUGCACAGAUUUGGCACUGCUCAAACACGGUCCAUGAAACAGUAUUUGGAACGUAACAAGCUGCAACUAAUCUUCGAGGAAACCAGUGAGGUCGAUUUGAAGCCGACAUGCCUCCCAUCCAUUUCCAAUAAAGACAAAUUAAUAUCUAAAGACACUUUCGCUUCAAGGGAAGCAACUGCAGGACGGCGUUGCCCCCCUGCUGGGGUGGAGGGAUCCCACUACCGUGCUAAAUGCACAGGGGAAUCUUUGCUCAGAUUUGGCACUGCUCAAACACGGUCCAUGAAACAGUAUUUGGAACGUAACAAGCUGCAACUAAUCUUUGAGGAAACCAGUGAGGUCGAUUUGAAGCCGACAUGCCUCCCAUCCAUUUCCAAUAAAGACAAAUUAAUAUCUAAAGACACUUUCGCUUCAAGGGAAGCAACUGCAGGACGGCGUUGCCCCCCUGCUGGGAUGGAGGGAUCCCACUACCGUGCUAAAGGCACAGGGGAAUCUUUGCACAGAUUUGGCACUGCUCAAACACGGUCCAUGAAACAGUAUUUGGAACGUAACAAGCUGCAGUUGACUUACAAAGACAACGCUAAGGUCGAUCUGCAUCUGACCCACCUCCUACCCAUUUCCACAAAGGAAGCACCUGCAGGACAGAGCUGCCCUCCUGCUGAUGUGGAGGAUUCAUGCUACAGUUCUAAGGGUAUGGGCAAACCAUUGCUUAGAUUGCCCACUGCGCAAAACAGGUACAUUAAAUAGCACCCGGAUCACAACAAGCUGUAUUUUAGGAAGACUUAAUCUACAACAACCCUGUUCCCCAGCUCUCUUGCCUGCAACCCCUUUUCUUACUUGUUUUCCCCUAAUCCCCUUUCCCAACAUUGUCUCCCUACAUCCCUUUUCCCCAAAGUGUUUCCCUACAUUCCCUUUCUCCAAAUCGUCCCCCUACAUUCCCUUUGUAUUUACCUUGUUUCUUCUCUCCCUUCAUUUCAAUCGCUUCUUAUUCUUGUCCUCAUUCCCCUUUUCAGGAAUUCCAUGGCAGCAUUAAUGGUAAUGCUGAUGCCUCACAGACAGGUUGUGGUUCAGGCCAGACCUUGCUGUGAGGAGUUUGCAUGUUCUCCUCAGGUGCAUCUGUUUCCUCCCGCAGUCCAGAAAUAUUACACAUAAAUACAAAAAUAAAAAUGUCUGUAUGGA